AUGUCAGUGGGCAUCACAGGGAUGGAUCUGAAAAGGGCCUUAGUAGUCAGUUCAGGGUAUUUCAUAGGAGAAGAAAUUGACAUCCUCAAGGCCUGGUGGUUUCUCCUUCCCCGCGUCCCCUCCUUCCGUCCCAUUGUAAUAUACAGCUGCCAGAAGGCUGCCCGCGGAACUGAAGUGUGUCAACCCUGCUGGCAGCUUUCCAUGCGUUUUAGAUGCAAAAACAUGUGGGGUCAGAAAAACAUCUCUGGAGCCAAAUCUGACUACCAUGGCAUGUAUGGAUUUGGGGAUAUCAGUAUGAACAACAUUACUCAGUUGCCAGAAGAUGCGUUCAAGAACUUUCCUUUUCUGGAAGAGCUACAAUUGGCUGGCAACGACCUUUCUUUUAUCCACCCAAAGGCCUUGUCUGGGUUGAAAGAACUCAAAGUUCUGACCCUCCAGAACAAUCAGCUGAAAACAGUUCCCAGCGAAGCCAUUCGAGGACUGAGUGCUUUGCAGUCUUUGCGUCUGGAUGCUAACCAUAUUACCUCCGUCCCCGAGGACAGUUUCGAAGGGCUCGUUCAGCUGCGGCAUUUGUGGCUGGAUGACAAUGGCCUGACGGAAGUGCCUGUGCAGCCCCUCAGCAAUCUGCCCACGCUGCAGGCGCUGACCUUGGCUCUCAACAGAAUCUCCAGCAUCCCUGACUUUGCAUUUACCAACCUUUCAAGCCUAGUGGUUCUGCAUCUUCAUAACAAUAAAAUUAAAAGCCUGGGUCAACACUGUUUUGAUGGAUUAGACAACCUGGAGACCUUGGACUUGAAUUAUAAUAACUUGGGGGAAUUUCCUCAGGCCAUUAAAGCCCUUCCUAGCCUAAAAGAGCUGGGAUUUCAUAGUAAUUCUAUUUCUGUUAUCCCUGAUGGGGCAUUUGGUGGUAAUCCACUCUUAAGAACUAUACAUUUGUAUGAUAAUCCUCUAUCUUUUGUGGGGAACUCCGCAUUUCACAAUUUAUCUGAUCUGCAUUCCUUAGUCCUUCGUGGUGCAAGCAUGGUGCAGCGGUUCCCCAAUCUUACUGGAACUGUCCAUCUGGAGAGUCUGACCUUGACAGGCACAAAGAUCAGCAGCAUACCUGAUAAUCUGUGUCAAGAGCAAAAGAUGCUUCGGACUCUGGACUUGUCUUACAACAAUAUACAGGACCUUCCAAGUUUUAAUGGUUGCAGUGCUCUGGAGGAAAUUUCUUUGCAACGUAAUCAGAUCUACCAAAUAAAGGAAGGCACUUUUCAAGGCCUGACAUCCCUAAGGAUUCUAGAUCUGAGUAGAAACUUGAUCCAUGAAAUUCACAGCAGAGCAUUUGCCAGGCUUGGGCCAAUAACGAACCUAGAUGUGAGUUUCAAUGAAUUAACGUCGUUUCCUACGGAAGGCCUGAAUGGGCUCAAUCAGCUGAAACUUGUGGGCAACUUCAAACUGAAAGAAGCUUUGGCAGCAAAAGACUUUGUUAAUCUCAGGUCUUUAUCAGUCCCGUACGCUUAUCAGUGCUGUGCAUUUUGGGGCUGUGACUCCUACGCAAAUUUAAACACAGAAAAUAACAACCUCCAAGACCACAGCGUGCCAAAGGAGAAAGGUGUCGCUGCUGCAGCAAACGCCACCGUCACUGCUGAAAGUGAAGAACACAGUCAGGUCAUUAUCCACUGCACACCCUCCACAGGUGCUUUUAAGCCCUGUGAAUAUUUACUGGGAAGCUGGAUGAUCCGUCUCACCGUGUGGUUCAUUUUCUUGGUCGCGUUGUUUUUCAACCUGCUUGUCAUCUUAGUGACAUUCACAUCCUGGCCAUCGCUGCCUUCCUCCAAGCUGUUCAUAGGCUUGAUCUCUGUGUCUAACUUACUCAUGGGCGUCUACACGGGCAUCUUAACUUUCCUCGAUGCCGUGUCCUGGGGCCGAUUCGCCGAAUUUGGCAUCUGGUGGGAGACCGGCAGCGGCUGCAAGGUUGCCGGGUUUCUGGCGGUCUUCUCGUCAGAAAGUGCCAUCUUCCUGUUGGUGCUGGCAGCUGUCGAAAGAAGCCUGUCCGCCAGAGACGUGGCGAAAACAGGGAAGAGCGAUCGCCUCCGACAGUUCCGGGUGGCCGCCCUCUUUGCUUUCCUGGGUGCUGUGGUGGCAGGCUGCUCUCCCCUCUUCCAUGGAGGGGAGUAUUCUGCCUCGCCCCUGUGCCUGCCCUUCCCGACGGGAGAAGCACCGGCACUGGGCUUCACCGUGACCUUGGUGCUGCUGAACUCGCUGGCCUUCUUGGCGAUGGCUGUCGUCUACACCAAGCUGUACUGCCACUUGGAGAAGGAGGACCUCUCGGAGCACUCACAGUCCAGCAUGAUCAAGCACGUGGCGUGGCUCAUCUUCACCAACUGCAUCUUCUUCUGCCCCGUCGCCUUCUUCUCCUUCGCCCCCCUGAUCACCGCCAUCUCCAUCAGCCCCGAGAUCAUGAAGUCGGUCACUCUGAUCUUCUUCCCGCUGCCGGCCUGCCUCAACCCAGUCCUGUACGUGUUCUUUAACCCAAGGUUCAAAGAAGACUGGAAGUCACUCAGGCGCCGGGUGGCCAGGAAGAGCGGAUCCGCGUCGGUCUCCAUCAGCAGCCAGCGGGGCUGUGUGGAGCCAGACUUCUACUACGACUGCGGUGUGUACUCCCACCUGCAGGGCCACCUGACCGUAUGCGACUGCUGUGAGUCAUUCCUCCUGACAAAGCCGGUGUCGUGCAGACACCUGAUGAAGUCACACAGCUGCCCUGCGCUGGCAGUGACCACGUGCCAAAGACCCGAGGGCCACUGGUCUGACUGUGGCACCCAGUCAGCGCACUCGGACUAUGCAGAUGAGGAAGACUCCUUUGUCUCGGACAGUUCGGACCAGGUGCAGGCCUGUGGGCGAGCCUGCUUCUACCAGAGCCGAGGGUUCCCGCUGGUGCGCUAUGCCUACAACCUGCCGAGGGUUAAAGACUGAAGGGCUGGUAUGCAGCCGUCUUCCCCGUCGGCCCAGACCCCAGUGCUUAUAGAAUGAACCCUGUGGUCUGUCUGUUCUUUCAUCCGGGAAGCACUUCUGUCAUCCCUGUCUGGUGUCCCUCAGAAGUGGGGGAAGAGGUGGCAGUUUAGUUCUCAAACCAGACAUUUUCAAAGAACAGGUGCCUAGAUUAUACAUGGGUGGAAAAUGCGAUGUCCAAGCAAUGUAUGGUGUGUUUGAAACAAAUCGGUAACUUGAAAAGGAUUUUCGCUCUAGGAUGGCAAGCAAUACGAUGUUAGGAUUUUCUGGUCCACGAGAAGCAAAUUUAUACCUAUUCCUGAAUCAAGCACAAGAUAAAAGAACAGCUGUUAAUAUUUUUGAAAUGAAUACUUUAAAAAUGUGAUUUUCUAUAACUGAAGAAAAUGUCUUGCUAAUUUUACCUAGUGUUUCACGUCGAUCCAGGAUUAAACGUUACUGCAGGGCCAAAAAGGGGAUGAUCUCCCAGCUAGAACUGUGAGGCUAUAUGUAGGCAUUACUUCACUGCAUUUUUCUGUUGCCAUCUUUGAUAUAAGAGAAUCGUACGUGUUAUGUGAUUUAUAAACCUAAAGCCUGAAAACGGGGUUAAAACAAUAUUAACAGCUGUUAGAUUUUAAAAGAUAGUUGAACAUUUGUUUUCAGUCAUCAUACAUUGCUUUGGUGUGGCCACAGUAAUUUUUUCCUCGGUGUUUUGUGAUCUGAUAAAUACUAAAUCAUAACUUGGUAAAAAAAAAAACAACAAAAAAUACCCUUGUAAUUACUAGGAAAAAGUAAAGGGCUGAUUGCUGUGUGGGUUUUGAUUAGACGAAAACACUUCAAAGUGGGGGUUUUAAUAGUAUCUGAGGGAUCUGAUGGCUCUGUGUAAUGUUCCUGUUAAUAAACACUUCCUGGUAUCAUUAGCUCUACUGAUAUUUUCCAGUUUUAUUGCUAUAUUAUCUAUUUAUAGUUUGCCUUAUAUAGAAAGAAAAUUUGGGUAACUAAUUGCUUUUAAUUGGAAGAAACGGGGAGUAAUUAUGGCACAAAGGACAUUAUUAUUAU